AUGGGGAAGAUUACAAAGACGAUGCAGCCUAAGCAUCGAGAGACUCUGUCCUCCUGGCUCAAGCAAUACGUCGAAUCUGCAUCAACAGCCCCGCUACCCCUACUCCCACAGCAGCUUGCUGAUUUCCCGACGAGAUGGCCCUUUGGACGCGGCGACCUUUACCACUGGAUCCCACUGUUGAACCGAUUCGAUAGCGUGUUGGAGCAUUUCUGCAAGGUCUACAACUUGAAUGAAGGCCCGCAACAGCGCGACUUCGGAUGCGAUGUGUUGCUCAACCAUGCAAAAGACUCGGCCUUCGAAGGCGAGAAGCAGUGGCAGAUGGAUGAACUCACGCAGCUCGGCUUCCCUUCUGAUGGUGACAGAGUUCUGAUCGAAGCUAUUCUCAAAUUCACUCGCAUGCUGUUGGAGCAUUGCGGAAAUCGCAGCAUUUACGCCAGCAGUGCUCACCUAAACGAUCUCCUCAACUGCAUACCUCCGUCUAUCCUCAUCGCCACGCUCGAGGUAGGGUCGGAACUGGCACAGCGAUAUCAGGCUUCCGUCAAGCGCAUAGGGAGCGCCUCCCGACACAUCAGUGCAGCGCUGCUCGCGAACCAUUACAACAUAGACUUGGAUCGCGUCCAGCAGAUUGCCUUGCCGUUCGUCAAAACGCCCAUCUUCAACAUGUCGGAAUCCGCCCCUACUAGCACGCACGCGUCCGGGUCCAAGGGGAAGGAUAAGGCUGCGACAGGGUCCGGCAGCAGAAAUGUGGCCACUUCGCACGCCAACGACUUGGUCGCCAUCGCCGCAUCUGAUGAUAGCCGAUGGAGCGCUUGGGGCGAUGUCAAAGUCAGUUACUACCCGCAGGAAGCUGCUCCAUCCCAGUAUGACGCUCCAGCAGAGGCGGGGCGCUCGACUUUGCCCUUGACUCCCACUCCACUGCGCCGAAGCUCGACGAUGAACCCUCAGCACACACCGAGAGCCCGAAACGCUGCCAGUGACGAUUCGUCUCCUCUUGUGCCGCGAACCUCGGCAUCUGUGGAGGACCAUUCCUCGUCUGGCCAGAAGACGUUUGAGUUGCCUCAACAUGUCGUGGCCUCUCGCCCCAUCUACGAGCUCGUCAAGCGAUGCCCCGAUGACAUGCCUCCGGCGGCCAAGUAUGAGGCGUUCCACCGUUUGAGAGUAGCCAAAGCUCUCAUCAGCUCUCAGGAAUCCCGACAGCAAAUCUUGGCAACUCGCCUACUGGCGGUGACCAACUUGGCAUACAUACACUCCGAGUCCAAUUUUGUCGAGAAAGUUCUCCGCCAGGACAUUGAUGAGACCCGUCGGUUUCAGCUUGUCUACCAACUGGCCGAGCUGAUCCAUCCGUCUGCCGAUGGCACCAUAGAGAUUCCUCUGAGGCUGCAGACCAUUGCCCUUGCGCUUCUCGAAGCGGUCUCGAGCUUUCAUGCGAGACGUCAAGACGUCCUGUCGGCCCUGAAUGCAAAUGUCAAUCACGGGAUACUUCUCUACGUGAUCAGGAAAGCGGUGGCUGGCAUGACCGAAACCCACGAUGGAGACGAUGGCGAUAAGGCGAACGAGAUCGACGAGUGGCGAAACAAUCUGUUUUCCCUUACGCUGCACCUGUCAAUGGCGACUCGCGUCGGUAGUGAAAUGGUCUCUGCUGGUUUGAUGGAUAUUCUGGUUGAGAUCCUCAAUAUCCGAUCCGUCAUUGCACAGCGCCACCACUCAAUGGUUCUCGCCUUUUUAGACGGCUUGGUCUGGACCUAUCCCAAUGCGUUCACUGCCUUCUUCAAUGCGAAUGGACUGGAUGCUGUUGCCAGGUUGAUCGUGGACACUAUUGGUGAAGCGCGCAGCUUGCUUCGGGCCUCAAAGGGCAUCAAACCGGAGCAGCAAUCGAGUGCUGUGGACUACGAGAUCCCUUAUUACCAGCAGCAAACCCUCAAAUGGAUCCUCAAAUUCGUCCAUCACAUCAUGUCCAAUUCGUAUAGCUACAGCGGCAAUACGGACCGCCUUCUGCGAAAUCUUGCUGAAAAGUCUGAUUUGCUGGCUAAUCUAAGGGACAUCAUCAACGACAAGAAGAGCUUUGGUUCAGUCGUCUGGACAAACUCGGUUACCAUUCUGAGCGAUUUCAUUAACAAUGACCCGACCAGUUUUGCUGCCAUUUCUGAAUCGGGCAUGAUCAAGACGUACCUCGAGGCGAUCACUGGAAGACCUAUCCCCGAUGACUACACCACUCGUCCAAGGUACCGGGAGUCGGAAGGCGAUGAGCCCGGGACUGUGGACGUCUCUGCGAUUACGUCGAUUACCGAUCUUGACAGCCGACCUCACCCUCCCUCGGAUGACUCCAUCAGACAAUCGCUUGGCCGGCCUGUGGCGACAGGCAUCCUGGCGUCCUCCGAUGCUAUCAAUGUUGUCCCUCAAGUUCUCAACUCCAUCUCUCUUAAUAAUGCGGGCAUGCAAUUGGUUGUUGCUUCUCGAGCGUUCGAAAGCUUCCUGGAAGUCUUUGAAAGCCCUGCGCACGUCAAAUGCAUGGAGGUAGACACGGAACUUGCCAGUAACGUUGGAGCCAGCUUUGACGAACUUGCGCGGCACCACCCGCCCCUCAGAAAGUCAAUCUCCAAUGCGGUAAUUGACAUGGUCGCGCGAGUACGCAUGCUGGGCAUUGAGAAGGCUCGAGUCGCAGGCUGGGGAGUUAAGCUGCUCCCCAUUGGCAGUCUCCAAGCUGCGGCUGAAUCAACAUCGGUGGCCGAAGCACCUAAGCCGCCGCAGGAAGCCGCCGAUAUGGACAUGGCUGACGUUGCCGCGCCCCAGGCCUUGGAAGCUGACAAGCGGACCGAGACUGAACGGGAUUCGCCCUACGAGUCGUUCACGCCUUAUAUUUAUGCUCUGUCGAAUUUCUUGACCACCUACUUGUCUAACGGUGUACUGAAGAACAACUUCGUCGAAAGGGGCGGUAUCGAGCUACUCCUCGAUAUGUGCCAGUCCCCGAGCCUCACUGCUGGGUAUGGCGAUUCGAUGGCAUCUCGAGUUCUGAACCAAGUCAUUUCCCAAUUGAUCGAACAUGGCGCUGCUCAAGGCUUGACGUCAUUGCUCAACAGGGCUCAGCGUGCCAUUGACGUGUUGGAGCCAUUGUCAACGAAGACCGAGGCCGUCCCUCCCUAUUUUGCCCCUUUUCUGACCGACCUGGGCAUCGAGUACAGCAGCUCCGAAGCAGCGGAAAUACUUGCGACGGGAACUAAUAUUGUCAAAGCUCUGCUCAACGCGCAGACGUACAUGAAGAUCAUUUCCGACUGUUUUGUAUCGUCCAGAGGCAACACGCUGCAGUUCUACCCCGUCAACGUCUACGACUACUAUAUAAAGCUAGUGAAGUCGAUUGGGCCUCUGCUUCGUGGAGUUUUAGCAGAGGAAGCAGGCGAACUUACCGCGAUACCCCAGCAUUGGUCUCUACGACGUCACUCACCACCGACGGCGGGCGGCAGCAGAGGCACCGGUGCAGAUGUGGAAGGCGAUGAUGGCUCCCUGACAGACGUUCUCGGGGGCACAGAUAGCUGGAGGCCCAACGAUGGUGCUGAUGCGUCCUCAACGUCCCGUUUGACUGAACAGGAACAAGCUAGUCCUCGAUUUCAAAAUUACGAAACCCUUCGGGUCUUGCUGCACCCGAUGAUUCCCACUUCAUUCCCCCUUUUCCAGACCAUCGGCAAGGCUCUGCUACCUAGAAGGGAGGCGAAUCACGGUGACCCAUACCACCGGCCACGCCAUCUGCAGAUUGCGAGAGCGCUUGCCGAUACGGUUCUCGACCAUCUCAGGCCAUCCGUGGCAACUCCGGAGCCAACGUCAAAGGACUUCCACUAUUGGAUCAUCAUGCUGCAUACCAUCCACGAAAUGGUGAUUGAACACCCGGCUUCAUCUCGGCCCACCGACCGUGCAAACGUGCAAAUCAUCAUGCCGGUUCUCCUUGCAUUCAAGGAGCGUGACGGCAUCGUUGUUCUCAACGACAUGUUGCGAGUCUUCGCUGAUACAGUCAAGAGUUCCACCGCCGCUACUGCCGAAGACUCCUCAAAGGUCAAGGUUGCUGCUUUUGGCCUGAAAAAGAUAUUGGACUUGUACUUCAUCCUGGUCAAUGGGAAGCAUAUCGGCGACACGCACACUUACUACAACCUUCAGCGACAAACAGACCGCUCCCAAUUCGUUCAGAAUAUCCACAGCCAAAUCACCGUCGAAUUUCGGGCCCUCAUAUUGCCUGUCAUCAUGGAACUUUGGGACUCCACGUUCGUUGAGCGAGUACCAGAUCAGACUGUGAAACGACUUGUGGACAUUCUCAAGAUAGUGGCAUUGGGUGAGGGCGAGCUGCAGUCAAUGCCAAAGGACAAGGUUCCUUUCGUGCUUCUCAAGUAUACAGAAGUGCCAUUCAAUUGGCGGGCUGUCCGGUCCCUUGUUCGCCAGCUCGCCGACGAUUUCGAUGAAAGUCUGGCACAGGAGGCUGCAUAUCGUACAUUUGGCAACCCUAACACUGCUUCAGCAUACUGCAGUGCGCACGAGGCUGAGAUCGCAGGUGCUCGAAACCCUGUCCCUCCUGAAGAUGCCCCUGAUGCCUCAUCUCUAGCAGAAGGAACGACUCCAACAUCGGCAAGCCGCGAUGCCAGUGGUUCUCGUGCCCCUGAACCGGAGGCCAUGUCUUUGGAUAUCUCUCCUGAUACCUCCGCCGAGAAUCUGGAUGACCUGAUCUCACAACUUCCUGAAAGCAAUGACUUGGCGAAUGAGACCGAGAGUGGCGCGGAUACGGGGUCAAAGGCUGCCGAACCGACCCCGGCCAGUGCAGAAGCAGGCUCUACUGCAGAAUAUACAGCGGACAGCUUCAAUGCCCUCAAACAAGGCCUUGACGACCAUCGAUCAAAGCUACGAGAGAAUCUGAUCGAUCAAUGCCUCGACGUUAUUCGUGCCCAUCCAGAUACCGCUAUCGAGGUCUCCGAGCUCAUCACCACCGUCGUUCUGCGUCAUCAAAAUGCUGAUGCUCACGAAGAGGUCGGAUCUACUCUCACAUCUGCUCUGACGUCCCUUGCUUUGGACGAAGACGAAAGGAAGCGCAAUGGGAAGUGUAUCGCUGCAUAUGCUCAUCUUCUGGCGCUACUGCUCCAGGAUGAGAUGUUCUUCAGCCGAAACAUGGACACCUUGCGUGACAAGAUUGGCGAAUAUGUGGCGCUUCUCAAGGUCCCCCCGUCUACGCCCAGCGAAGAGCUGCCUCCUUGGAUUCCUUUUGUACUACUGGUGCUGGAGACUCUGUUGAGCCAUGAUGAGAAGCCAGUCGCAGUCCAGUGGAGGGCACCCAAAUCCUUGGAUGAGCCCGUUGCAGAGCCCGUGAUUCAGCUCAGAACACCGUUACUAGAUGAUCAGCAGCGGUCGGAUGUCCUGGAAUCGCUUCUGGACCUACUUCCACGUAUCGGAAAGGAAGAGAUGCUGGCUACCGCUAUUCUCAGAGUUCUCAUCAUCCUGACCCGCAGACGUUCGUUGGCGAAGCAAGUUGGCGAGAAGAAGAACCUGCAAAGGCUUUUUCUUAUGGCUAAGCAAAUGUCGGGGUCAGGUUCUGAGCGACUCAGGCAAAUCAGGUUGACGGCCCAUCUCAUCACCAUCCUUCGCCACAUCGUUGAGGAUGAAGAAAUUAUCAAGCAAGUCAUGAGAGCGGAGAUCAAGUCCGAUAUUCCGAAUCUCCAACGUACCCAGCGCGGCCACCUGGAUGUACCGACAUAUCUUCGAGCAAUGGCGCCCAUUGCUCUUCGUGCUCCCGACCUCUUCGUUGAGGUGACCAAUGAACUGCUUCGGUUUUCACGCUGGAACGCGCCCACUGCUGAAGGCACCAGGUCCCAGACCCUGGUCUGGAAGGAAGAAGACAGCAGCAGUACGAAUGUUGCUCAGCCAGAAUCGGAAAACGUUCAGAGCGAAGAUGUCAAGCCUUCAACUGAAUCGGGAGACAAGGAGAUGCCUGAUGCGCUGAAGCCACACCACGACAGCAAGCGCCCGGUAGUUGAAAAUCCGGACGGAGUCAUCCACUUCCUUCUUUGUGAGCUCAUCAACUACCGAGAAGUCGAAGACAAAGAGGUACCACCACCCAGCAGAGAUGCGAAAACCGAGACCGAGUCGGCAGCUUCUGGCGACGCCCAGGACAGUGCUUCUGCUGAAGGCGUAGCUGCCGAUGGAAAGGACAAGAAGCCAUCAAAACCUACCUUCAAGUCAGAAGAGCACCCGAUCUUCGUCUAUCGAUGCUUCUUACUCAGCUGUUUGGCCGAGCUCCUUCAGAGCUACACGCGAACCAAGAUGGAGUUCAUCAACUUCAAACGAAGCGCUCCGCCCCUAUCUACAAACACGCCCGUCAAGCCCCGGUCGAGUAUUCUCAACUAUCUGAUAUACGACCUCUUGUGCCAGAGUAGCCUGAGUGGUACAUCAGACAACAUAGCGGCGAAGAAGAAGGCCGCGACCUCAGCGCAGACUCAAAAGGUUUUGGUCGCUUUGGUCUCAAAGACCAAUGAGAAAGUGUUUGACCGCAAGCAAGAAAAGUACGCUUAUGACGAUGAGCCAGAUCUACUCUUCGUCCGCAAAUUUGUUCUCGAUACCAUUCUGAAAGCCUAUGAGAAAGCACCACUUACUGAUGAGCCGUUGGAGGUUCGGUAUGCACGGAUGCAGUGCUUGGCGGAGUUGAUGAACAACAUGAUCGGCGAGAAGGACAAAGAGCAAACCUCCGGGUCUCGCAAUGUCGACAGCGUCCAGACUAGGUCACAAGCGCAGCUUCGACGGCUCAUGUAUGAGAAGGGCUACUUGGAUAAGUUGACGUCAUCCAUUGCCGAGAUCAACCUCAAUUUCCCGGGGGUCAAACGGGCGAUUAAGUAUAUCCUGCGUGUACUGCGAGUUUUGACUGAUACCGCCAAGGAACUGAGCCAUUCAAACAUCUUGGUAUCCGAUUCACAGGCUGAGCAGAGUGAUGAGGAGUUCGCGUCUACUUCAUCCCUAUCAGACCUAGACGAGGGCCGGGAGGAGACCCCUGACCUCUAUCGAAACUCUGCUCUUGGCAUGCUUGAACCUCGUGGCGAGGAUGACGAGUCUGAGUCAGAGGAAGCAGAUGACGACGACGAGGACAUGUAUGGGGACGAAUAUGACGACGAUGAGAUGGACUACGGCGAUGAAGAGAUAUCGGACGAUGAGGACGACAUCAGCGAUGAUGACGAGGAGCUUAGUCAGAUGGGGGAAAUUGAGGGCCUCCACGGUGACCCCGGAGUGGUUGAAGUCAUUAUGGACGAUGAAGAUGAUGACGACGAUGACGAGGACGACGAAGACGACGACGAAGUAGAUUCUGCCGAUAUGGAGGAUCUCGAGGACCGUGUUGAAAUUGUCGAUGAGGAUGGCAACCCUCUUGAAGAUGACGGUGAAUCAGGUUGGGAGAGCGAGACCAGCGCCGAAGAGGACGAAGAGCCAGAGGUCGAUGAUAUCGACUACGAGGCUGAGGGUCAAGAUGAGGACGAGGCUCACCUACAUGGAAUGGGCCCUGGUGAUCUCUUGGAUAACAUGGCAAGAGCCAUCAUGGGCGGCGAUGAAGAUGGAUAUGAGCCCGAAUUGAUGGAAGCAUUAGAUGAGCAUUACAUGGAUGAUGGUCACGAUGAUGGAGAUGAGGACGACGAAGAGGAUAUGGAAGACGAGGAGUACAUCUAUGACGAUGAUUAUCCACUGAACGACCCGUUACCGCCCAUGCCAGCUCUUGGAUGGGAUGGAUUCACGCCUGAGGUUGAUGAUAGACAUCGUCAAGUUUUCCUUCUCGACAACAACAGACGACCAGUCCUUGCGCGAAUGGACAACCGCAACCCAUUCCCUCCGCGGUUUAUCCCUGGGACGCACCGGGAUCUGAGUGAUUUCCGCAGCUACUUCUCCCGUAGCCAUCGCAAUAACGGGCAGCAGCCGAAUGCAGAUGACGGCAUGAACCCCUUACUUCGUCGCAGCGAUCAAGCUCAAGAGAAUCAGCCUCGACCUGGGCAUCCACACUCGAUUGGCCUUCGCUUCCCAGAGGGCUUUUUGGGCCCAGGCAGACAUUUAAUGGAGGGCCCCAUGGGCUUUCUGGGAGAGCUUAUGGAGUUUUUGCCAAUCAUGGGUCGUGGAAACCAGCAUGCUUUCCACGUCCAUAUCAGUGGUCCUGGAGGUACGCGGAGCACGGAUCUUGGACCUAUCCGUGGUCUGAGAAGUGAACAGCGCCGAGAUGCUGCAUCUCAGGAGCCGCACCAAGCAGUCGCUUUCACUCCUGAGACAACCUUGGAUCGCUACCAGGAGGAGGCCAGGAUGAUCUUCGGAAAUCCCGUCGCGGAGGCUGCCAGACUUGGCACUGCUAUCAUCGCGCAGCUCACCCCUGCUGCCAUGGAGCUCGAGAGAAAACUGAAGGCGGAGGAAGAAGAGAAUCAAAAGCGCCUUGAAGAAGCUCGAAAGAAGCGAGAAGAGGAAGAGCGUGUGGCUCGAGAAGCUAAAGAAGCCGAGGAAAAGGCUGAGAGAGAAAGGAAGGAGGCCGAGGAACGCGAAGCUGCUGCAAGACUUGCAGCGGAAGCCGCUGAAGCCGCCGCUCUCGCCGCCAGUCAAACUACCGAACCACAACCUGGCACUGGGCAAGGUGGUGGAGCCAUGGAGGGAGUUGAGUCGACCGAAGCUGGUGUUGCCCAUGAUGAUCAAGCCAACACAUCGAGGGCCAACGUUCCGAGAGUUACAACCAUCAUUCGAGGCGAGGAGGUGGAUGUCACUGAACUGGGUAUCGAUCCGGAUUACCUAGCCGCUCUUCCUGAGGAAUUCCGGGAGGAAGUCAUCGCCCAGACAGUAAGUGAAAGGCGAUCUCAAGCCCGCGAGGAAGCUGCCUCGGGAGAAGCGACGGAAGUGUUUCAGGAAUUCCUUGAUGCUCUGCCAGAGGAGCUACGAAUGGAAAUCGCGCAACAGGAGCGGCAAGACCAGCGCCGUCGUCACCGUGAAGACGGUCGUCGCCAGGCUACCGCCGCCGAUGGCCAGGAUGCCAUCCCCGCGGAGAUGGACCCAGCUAGCAUUCUGCUAACAUUCCCGCCCGAACUCCGUGAACAAGCUCUCAUCGACCAGGGUGAGGAUAUCAUGGGCCAGCUUCCCCCAGACAUGGCUGCUCAGGUGCGAGCAUUGACUCAGCACCGACCACCAGUUGCUCAUCAACGAGGAGGCAUGCGCCCGAUUGGCGAGAGCAAGACACAACGGAAGACGGUUGUGCAGAUGCUUGAUAAAGCUGGUGUCGCCACCUUGCUGCGUCUGAUGUUUAUCGCUCAACAGGGCUCCAUCCGAAACUACCUCUUCAGCGUCUUCGCAGAUGUUUGUGAAAAUCGACAGACUCGUCUCGAGGUGAUCAGCACCGUCUUGCAGAUCCUUCAGGAUGGUAGCACAGACAUGAAUGCGGUUGAGCGCAGCUUUGGCCAGCUCUCUCUCAAAGCCAGGAAACAGAAGGACAAGGAAAAGGACGGUGACCAGAAGAAUCCACAAGGCCUUAAGAGGACUUUGACAACCGUGGGAAGUCUCACAGCUUCUGGCCAGACGAACUCCGAGACGUCGCCACUGUUGAUCGUACAACAAUGCCUUGACCUUCUGGUCGACUUGUGCACCAAGAAUCCACACAUUCCUUGGCUGUUCUUGACAGAACAUGAAUCAAUAGGGUCCUCUUCCCUCAAGCGGAGCCUGAGCCGUAGAGGAAAGGGCAAGGACUCGAAGGCGCACAAAUAUGCGAUCAACUCUCUUCUCACUCUCUUGGAUCGUGAGCUUGUGACGGAGAGCUCGCUUGUCAUGACACACCUGGCAGACCUCCUGAACCGAGUCACUCUACCCCUUCAGAACUUGGAACGUCGACGCAAAGAGGCACAGGAUGAAGACGCAUCAGGUUCAAAGGGCACAGGCGCGGAGACACAAGCUGUUACUACAAAUGCAAACGAGGCAGAGCAGCGAGAUAACAACGAGCAGACGGUCGACGGCUCUUCUGCAUCUGCGCAGGCGACCUCUUCCGAACAGAAGGCCGCCGGAACCGAGGAAUCUGCGGAGCAAUCGAAGAGCGCACCGCAGAAACGUGCCCGCCAGUUGCAGCCUCCGGUGAUCCCGCCCCAGAAUCUCACCCUUGUGGUCAGAGUAUUUGUGGCCAGGGAGUGUAGCUCGAAGACAUUCCAAAACACCAUCUCGACCAUCAAGAAUCUGUCGGCUAUUCCCGGGGCAAAGACGAUAUUCGGACAGGAGCUGGUCAGCCAAGCUCGCCUCUUGAGCAGCAAUAUCGUGUCCGACCUCGACGACUUGCUCCCUCACAUUGAGGCGGCCACUUCUGGUACCGAAAUUCAAGGAGUUGCCCUCGCUAAGUUCUCGCCUGGAGCGUCGGAGCAGAACAAGCUUCUGCGAGUCCUCACCGCACUUGACCAUCUGUUCGAUGGAAAGAAGAAGAGCGACGACGCAGACGAUGGUUCCAGCGAGAAAAACGAGAAGCAAGACCUUGUCACCUCGCUCUAUCACAACUCCACGUUUGCUACCAUGUGGGAGAAGCUGAGUGCCUGCCUGAGCGCUAUUCGCCAACGGGAAAACAUGCUCAAUGUCGCGACAAUCCUACUUCCGCUGAUUGAGUCGCUCAUGGUUGUCUGCAAGAACACGACGACAAAUGACGAUCUGUCGUCGAGCAUGGUCGGAAAGGACAUGCUAUCCAGUCCGCAGCCAGAAUCUCGCACGGCCAACCUCUUCUUCACCUUUACCGAGGAACACAGACGCAUCCUGAACGAACUCGUGCGGCACAACCCUAAACUCAUGUCGGGCACCUUUUCCUUGCUCGUUAAGAAUCCCAAGGUCCUGGAGUUUGACAACAAACGCAACUAUUUCAACCGGAGCGUACACUCUCGGAGCGGCCAGAACCAGAGUCGUCCAUCAUAUCCACCGCUGCAGAUUAGCGUCCGCCGAGAGCACGUCUUCCACGACUCCUUCAAGUGGCUCUGCUUCAAGUCAGCCGACGAGAUGAAAUACGGCAAACUCAACAUUCGGUUUAACGGUGAAGAGGGAGUUGAUGCCGGUGGCGUAACUCGCGAGUGGUUCCAGGUCCUCGCCCGACAGAUGUUCGAUCCCAACUAUGCUCUGUUCAUCCCAGUUUCGUCUGAUCGCACAACCUUCCAUCCGAACAAACUCAGUGGCGUCAACGAUGAACAUUUGAGGUUCUUCAAGUUCAUCGGUCGCAUCAUCGGCAAGGCUCUGUACGAGGGCCGCCUGCUUGAUUGUUUCUUCAGCCGUGCUGUCUACAAGCGCAUCCUCGGAAAGUCCGUAUCUGUCAAGGAUAUGGAAUCAUUUGACCCGGAUUACUACAAGUCUCUUUGCUGGAUGCUGGAAAACGACAUUACCGAUAUCAUAACAGAGACCUUUUCGGUUGAAGACGAUGAAUUCGGUGUCACCAAGAUCGUGGACCUCAUCCCCAAUGGUCGAGAGAUUGCGGUAACUGAGGAGAACAAGCAUGAGUACGUUCGUGUUGUAGUCGAGCACAAACUCCUCUCCUCGGUCAAGGAUCAGAUGGAGAACUUUUUGAGUGGCUUCCACGACAUCAUUCCCGCGGAGCUUAUCUCCAUCUUCAACGAGCAGGAGCUGGAGCUCUUGAUCUCUGGUCUUCCGGACAUAGACAUUGACGACUGGAAAGCGAAUACCGAGUACCAGAACUACAGUCCUUCCUCUCCACAGAUUCAAUGGUUCUGGAGAGCAGUCCGGUCGUUUGACAAGGAGGAGUUGGCCAAAUUGCUGCAGUUUGUUACCGGUACCAGCAAGGUUCCCCUCAACGGCUUCAAGGAACUAGAAGGCAUGAACGGUAUCAACCGCUUCAACAUCCACCGCGACUACGGAAACAAGGAUCGCCUUCCGUCUACGCACACCUGCUUCAACCAGCUCGAUCUACCCGAGUAUGACAGCUACGACAUACUGCGCUCGCAAAUUCUCAAGGCCAUCACUCAGGGAAGCGAUUACUUCGGCUUCGCCUAA